UAGAUUUCAACAACAGUAACUGUUGAGCACUAGAGUUUCAACUGCUGUGGCUUCCUUCACUUAAUCAGCCAAGAUGAAUAAUACUCAAGCUCAACGGCCAUCACUGAAGAAACAGGUCUCGCUGGAAAUCUGUGGUGCAGAGACAGAGGGCCAUCUAUUAGAGAAUGGCCAAGAUAAGCAAGACAUCUGUAAGGAGACAGAGAAGAACCAAACCAUAAAUGGAGGUCAACUAACUCCACCACGGGCCCCAGGCCCCUAUCUCCCAGGCAUGGGAUCAAUGACUGUGUUUGGGAGUCCUCCCCCUGUGUCUCCAGCUUUGGAUCGCUGGAUCCGGCAGCGAGCUCGAGACCUGACUCUGCGAAGGGUGGACACCCAACGGGCUUCUAAAGUGGUGAACAAUUUCAGAGACGGACUCGUGGAGUUCCUCAAAAACAACCAGGAGAUGCCUUACUUCCGACAGGCCAAAGUCCUCAACAGUGGCAGUUACUUUGAGAUGGUUAAGAUUAACAGGCCGAAUGAGUUUGACCUGAUGCUGAUUUUGCCGACACCAAGGUUGAAUAUGGCUGAGCUGGAGGAGUUUCCUGGCAUGUUCUACAUACUCUCUCUCUGUCGGCAAGUUCGCACAAAUGAGAUACGCUCCUACCUGGUGAAGAACCAACUGACCAUCUCUGCAGCAAAGAUCCGUGCAGACAUGCGAGACCUUGUUUGCGAAUUUAUCAGCACAUAUGAAGCAGUGCCAUCUGUGGAUAGCGAAUGGAAGCUGUGUGCAGAGGAUGCUAACUCCCCUGCCGUGACCCUGGAGUUGUGGAGGAAGGAUUGUGCCGAGGCUGACAUGUCCAUAGAUGUCGUACCAGCACUGGAGGUCUCCUCCCAAGGCUUGCCAGCCGCAGCGCGUGCAGGACCGAAUGUGGAGAACUGGCUGGGGAAGAAAGACCGUCGCAAACUCAUUAGUGCGGGUUUCUAUUUCGUGCCAAAGAUGCCCAAAGGAAAUAACCUCAGUGACAUGGCCAAAGAGAGCUGGCGGAUCUCAUUUUCACACUCUGAGAAGGAAAUUAUUAGGAACCAUGGGAAUAGACGUACCUGCUGUGAGGGACAAUCUAACCGCUGUUGCCGAAAGACCUGCCUUCGUCUGCUGAAGCGGCUGAUUGAGGGUCUAAAGCAGCGUUAUCCUGAAGAGUUGGACCCACUGUGCUCCUACCAUGGAAAGACCAUCUUCUUCCAUGUUUUAUCUCGGCGUGGGGACGAUUCACAGUGGAAUGUGGGGGACCUGUCUAAGUGCUUUCUAAUUCUCCUGAGUGCAUUUGAAGGUCAUGCCCACAGUGGAAAUCUCCCACAUUUCUUUGUGCCAAGUCAUAAUCUCUUUGCUCCUCCAGCCUUUCCCCAGAGCACAUUGGACUUCCUUGUGGGUGCCUUACGGGAACAGAGGGAGUCAAAUCUACCCCUUCUGCAGACCCUACCACCAGCUCCACUGAGCUCACCUCUGCCAAGCACCUCACCAGAGGUAGUGCAGACGGUGGGUGCUACACUUCCAAGCAGCCCCCAGCUGGUAGCCCUACACCCCUCAGAGGCCUACAGGGACAGGUCUUCCAUGAUCAUAACUGUGGUGGGGGUAAUAGUGGCUCUUUUGGGUGUUGGGCUGGGCUUUUUAAAACUCAUAUGAAUCACACACAUAAGCGACAUACAACAGGCAUUAUAAAGACUUUUUAAAGUUCUUUACUAGCAAAGUUGAAAAUAUCAUUUCUGAUUUCUAUUUCUAGGGCAAAGCCCUGUCAGCUACUGUAGCCUUUGAAUGUUUUAAACUGAUCUUAUUUUCUGAUCUCUGUCUGAUAUUGUCUCACAUGAAAUGCUACCUCUGCAAACCUUCCUGGUUUUUCAAGGAAAUAUUUUGAGGAAAUCGGCUAUGAUCUGGCUUUAUAAAGAAACGUAAAGGACAAACAUCAGUGCAGCUCAGUGCCUGGUUUCUUCCACACACACCGUUGGUAACUGUGGUCUUUGUUUCAUCAGACCAGAUGAUUUUACCUCUGAUUGUCUGAGAGUCGUUCAGGUGCUUUUUGGGAAACUCCCGGCCAAAAAUGGCUUUCAUCUGUCCACUCUACCAUAAAGGCCUGAUUGGUGGAGUGAUGCACUGAUGUUUGUCCUUCUUUACACUUCUCUCAUCCUGUCAAAGGAACUUUGGAUCUCAUUCAUAGUGACCAUUGGGUCCUUGGUUACUUGCCCCUUCGCACCGGAUUACUCAGUUUGGCUGAGUGGCCAGAUGUAAGACUGUUGGUUGUUCCAAACUCUUCCAUUUGAGAAUGAUGGAGGCUACUGUGCUCUUGGGCACUUUCAAUGCUGUUUCAAUGAUCUGUGUCGUCACACAACCCUGUCUCGCAGGUCUACGGACAAUUCUCUCGACCUCGUU